GUGGCGUGCCGGCUGUCAAUAGAGCUGCGGUGGAGGCGGUGAACGAUGCUGAGCUGCUAACUGGCAGACUGAAACAUGACUGAUAGAGAUGAAUCCCAGGCUUCUGGCUCUGAUUACCCUGAUGCCCAAGAGCUAAUAUGCAGUCGACAGAAAGAACCAUGUAAGGGACAUGCAUGUGAAACAACUACACAAAUGGAGUGUUCAGGUUCAAGGCAGAAGAACGCUGCUCCUGAGGAGUCUUUAGAUGAGCUUAACAGUAUAUGUAAAUCAUCAGCUGCUUCAGCUGAGGUUUUCCUGGACAGCAGUGAUUCAGAAAUCUAUCUCUCUGCUGCUAGUGGCAGUGAAUACCGUCCUAAGUGCUCCAUUGCACCGUCAAAGCAAAAAAAGAGAUCUCGGCCUUCAAGGCAACAAGCAGAAUCUGUUGCAGGAGUGACUGACAAUGAAAGUUCAGAUUCUUCUCCGUCUCCUCAAAGUCCAGUGAAAUCAUUGGAAACUUCCAAAAAGCAGAAGUCAAAACUCAAUUUGAAAGCCAUUUUCGCCUAUCACUUCAGGGGAAAGAAGUUCAAGGCUGCUGCACACCGAAAAUAUAAGGGUGGCUCAGGGAAGAAGAAGAAAAAGUAUGAGAGCACACAGAUGCCUACGGGGAGGCCACCGCUGACAGCCUCACCACAAGAGCAAAAGAGAAGGCUUCUAGAUAGAGGUCUUCAAUUCCCUUUUGUUGAAAAACAUUACGGGAAGAAACACAUUCCGCUAAAGAUGGUUCUUGGCUAUGAGCAAGCAGCUGCAAAGGGAUAUUUCCAGUACAUUGAAGUGCUUAAAUAUGAAGAACAUCUCAAAAAGGCUUUAAAAGCCCUUGAAGCUAGUGAAGACUUAGAAAGAGAAUGUCUGGCAGUACGGAAACACAAAUAUUUAGAUGAUGAAGGCCCCAUUUCCCCUAUCCAGGAGAUGAAUGAUGAUAAUGACAGCUUGAAUUCUGAUAAUCAGGAAGACCUUGAUGCCAGAGUAGUGGAGAACAGCUCUUUCAUUAUAAGCAGCAAAAUUCCCAGUAAGAAAAAAUCAAAGCCAGACAUGAAACGUGUGAAAUCAACUGAAGUGAUCGAAGUAGAGGAGGAAGACGGCUACUGCUGAGAACUCUAGGCUUCUGCAAGGUUCACCUCAGUGAACGGAAAACUAACAAAUGAGGUGGCAGUGGUCACUCUUCAGAUACCUUUUUUUUAUGGCCUGCUUGGUUUAAAACACUGGUCUGAAGUCAACAUUGAGCUAUCAACCAAGCAAGCUAGUCAGAUUUGGUUUAAGUUUAUGUUGCUUUUGGAAGGUGAAAUACUGCUCAAUUUUCUUGAUGUGCAAGACUUUGCAGAUGAACGCACCAGCUCUGCAGCAGUGAGCAGUUGGGACUUUUUUGGAGUGCUUGAAUUCUUACGGCUCUUUGGUGGCCUGCUGAUGUACAAAUGUAUUACUUCAGUGGACUUUUGUGAAACGUGUUAGCGAAAGAGGGGCAUUUUUGUGAUGUCUAGAACACAGUGGAAGGCCUCUACUUAAGGGAAGUCCACAUGAUAGUCCAGUCUGAACUAGCAUCUUGGUGGUAUGUAAUUAGAGAAAAAGAAGAAAUGCAGGAUGCCAUUUCACAGAAAUCUGAAGCCCCUUCUAGGGUACUGACUUAUGCUUUUGAUACAAAUGGAAAAAAUUAUUCAAGUGGAAAAGCUUGGUAAGAGUCUUGGUGCUUUAGGAUACAGAACAAUGAAUUUUGCUGUGUGAAAAGGAUUGGCUGUGGAAGAUAGCCUGUUUGACAGUGUCUGCUACCAAGUCACUGCAUGUCAGAGGGGUGAGAAACAGCUCUGGAGUGCCACUAAAGAGAGUCUGAAGGUCCUGGUGAUGUUGCUGCAAGUCUGCUGCAAAGAACUGCACAGCUCUUCCAAAUAGAGGAAGAACCUUAUCUAGAGUGUUUAUUGCAGUAAUUAGAAUUAAACAUUAAUUCUAACUUCCCUUACUGCUCUGUAAAUUGAAAUGGUGCAUGUUAUUUAGAAACCAGUUCAGAAGCACAGGGAGCCUUUGCCCUUACCCUCUCAGUUGUGACUUGUCUGUUUUGCCCUCCUGGGAGAUGCAGGGGCAAACCUUAGGAUGGAUACUUAGCUCUUCUGUGACACCAAGCAGGCAGCUAACUAAGCUGAGUGUAGCAAGUUGUAACUUGACUGGAAAAGGCUUUAUCAGCUGUUUUCCCUCCAUUUUCUGCCACUGAACUCCACUGUACUAGAGCUCUGGAGAGGUGUUUAUUCUGUACAGAACAUCACAGCAUUUAAAUAAAACAUGGCUGAAAGCU